AUGAAAUCUAUCUAUCUUAGCCUGUUUGAUAUCUAUCUAUCUAUCUAUCUAUCUAUCUAUCUCAGUCUGUUUCUUAUCUAUCUAUCUGUCUCAGUCUGUUUCAUAUCUAUCUAUCAUUCUGCUUCAUUAUCUAUCUAUCUAUCUAUCUAUCUAUCUAUCUAUCUAUCUAUCUCAGUGUUUUUCAUCUAUCUAUCAUUCCGCUUCAUCAUCUAUCUAUCAUUCAUCUAUCUAUCUAUAUCAUCUAUCUAUCUAUCUAUCUAUCUAUCUCAGUCUGUUUCAUAUCUAUAUCAUUCUGCUUCAUUAUCUAUCUAUCAUCUAUCUAUCUAUCUAUCUAUCUAUCUAUCUCAGUGUUUCAUAUCUAUCUAUCAUUCCGCUUCAUCAUCUAUCUAUCUAUCUAUCUAUCUAUCUAUCUAUCUAUCUAUCUAUCUAUCUAUCUAUCUCAGUCUGUUUCAUAUCUAUCUAUCAUUCUGCUUCAUUAUCUAUCUAUCUAUCUAUCUAUCUAUCUAUCUAUCUAUCUAUCUAUCUCAGUCUGUUUCAUAUCUAUCUAUCAUUCUGCUUCAUUAUCUAUCUAUCUAUCUAUCUAUCUGCUUCAUAUCUAUCUAUCUCAGUCUCCUUCAUAUCUAUCUAUCUGUCUCAGUCUGUUUCAUAUCUAUCUGUCUAUCUAUCUAUCUAUCUAUCGAUCUAUCUGUUUCAUAUCUAUCUAUCGAUCUAUCUGUUUCAUAUCUAUCUAAGUCUGUUUCUUAUCUAUCUAUCUGUCUCAGUCUGUUUCAUAUCUAUCUAUCAUUCUGCUUCAUUAUCUAUCUAUCUAUCUAUCUAUCUAUCUAUCUAUCUAUCUAUCUCAUUCUGCUUCAUAUCUAUCUAUCUAUCUAUCUAUCUAUCUAUCAUUCUGCUUCAUAUCUAUCUAUCUAUCUAUCUAUCUAUCUAUCUAUCUAUCUAUCUAUCUAUCUAUGUACUUAUUCUUCCCAUUCUUUUUAUUAUUGCCGUCCUUCAACCUGUCUUUCUCUAUUGCCGUCGUUGAUCCUUCCUUCAUUUCUUCCUUCGUCGAUUGUCAUCCCUUUUAAGGAUUUUUCGUCUCUUUUGCCCUAUCUAUCUCUCUCUCUCUCUCUCUCUCUCUCUCUCUCUCUAUCUAUCUAUCUAUCUAUCUAUAUAUAUAUAUAUAUAUAUAUCAUUGUUUAA